AUGAAGAACUUGUUAAGGCAGAGAUUAUGUCAUGAUGAAACAGAAAUGAGUGAGAUUAUGUGUGGUUCUAAAGCUUUGGCAUUGGUGUGUUUAAGGUUUCUUGAACUUGGUUUGUCAUUUGAUUCCAAAAGUGAAAAAUUGCCAAUGAUGAAGCUUUCUCAACCUUCAAGUUCUUCAUGGUUGAGAUUGCUGCAAGAGUUGACAAAAGAAGCAGAAGCAAGUGUUGAUGUGAAGAAGAUGCAGAAAAAGAGUUCAUGUAUGACUGAGUUGCAGCAAAUGGUGGAUGCAGCAAGAGAACUGAAAGAACAGAUGAAGAUGGAAAAGGAGAUGAAAUGUUGUGUUGUGAAAUUGAAGAAAAAGUGCAAGGAAUUGGAGGAUGUAGUUGAUGUUAUUGAUGAAAGAGUAAAAGAAUUGUAUAGAUGUUUGAUUGAUGUUAGGAUGAGUCUUCUUGGAAUUCUUUCACAGCACUAA